GACAGUAGCAUGAUGACUUUUGAGAGUUUUCUUUUAUGCCACACUUCUGCAUCGGGGAAGGAAGUGUUGUGAUCGUUGUGAUUUAGUUUAGACGGUCGUUAAUAUUAGAAAUUAAACCACAAUUUGUUAAUUAAAUAAUGUGUUAGUGUAAAUAGUUCUAUAACUAAUUUUUAAUAAAUUGGUGCGUAUGUUUUUAUCGUAAUCGAUACAGUUAGUUGAUAAUUUCUAUACAAUGAUAAAAAUGGAAACUGAUAAAAUUGAAGAUACAACCACGAAUAAUAGUCAGUUUCCAAUGACGAUUCUACCACCAUACGACACAGCUAGAAAGAAAGAACCGUCUGCAACAUUUAACACGGAGAGAGAAACAUGUCUGAAAUACUUCGAGAGAUGGAGCGAAACAGAUCAAGUGGAGUUCGUAGAAAAUCUCUUAGCCAGAAUGUGUCAUUACCAACACGGUCACAUCAACUCCUAUCUCAAACCGAUGCUGCAACGGGAUUUUAUUUCCUUAUUGCCAAAGAAAGGCUUGGAUCAUGUGGCAGAGAACAUUCUGUCAUAUUUAGAUGCAGAUAGCCUGAGAAAUGCGGAAUUAGUUUGUAAGGAAUGGUUCAGAGUGAUCUCGGAAGGUAUGUUAUGGAAGAAGCUCAUCGAAAGAAAAGUUAGAACAGACUCUUUGUGGAGGGGGUUGGCCGAAAGGCGAAUGUGGAUUCAGUACUUGUUCAAACCAAGGCCAGGUGAAAACCAUCGUCCGCACUGUUUCUAUCGUUCUUUGUAUCCGAAAAUAAUCCGGGAUAUUGACAGCAUUGAAUCGAAUUGGAGGAAUGGAAAACACAUCCUGCAACGUAUAAAUUGUAGAUCUGAAAAUAGCAAAGGGGUAUAUUGUUUGCAAUAUGACGAUCAGAAAAUCGUUUCUGGCUUAAGGGAUAAUACUAUUAAAAUAUGGGACAGAAGCACUCUGCAGUGCACUAAAGUUUUGAUUGGACAUACGGGAAGCGUAUUAUGUCUACAAUAUGAUGAUAAGGUUAUAAUAAGUGGAUCAAGCGAUUCCACAGUAAGGGUAUGGACUGUGAAUAGUGGUGAAAUGGUUAACACGUUAAUACAUCAUUGUGAAGCCGUCCUUCAUCUUAGAUUCAACAAUGGUAUGAUGGUUACUUGUUCAAAGGAUCGUUCUAUCGCCGUAUGGGACAUGACUUCGCAAACUGAAAUAACGUUACGAAGGGUAUUGGUAGGUCAUAGGGCGGCAGUGAACGUCGUCGAUUUCGACGAGAAAUAUAUAGUGUCCGCGUCGGGCGACAGAACUAUUAAAGUGUGGAAUACGUCUUCAUGCGAAUUUGUGCGAACUUUAAAUGGGCAUAAACGGGGUAUUGCUUGUCUGCAAUAUAGAGAUAGGUUAGUGGUUAGCGGUAGCUCUGACAAUACCAUAAGAUUAUGGGAUAUAGAAUGUGGAGCUUGUUUGAGAAUAUUAGAAGGACACGAGGAACUGGUUAGGUGUAUAAGAUUCGAUUCCAAACGUAUCGUGAGUGGUGCUUACGAUGGAAAAAUUAAAGUUUGGGAUUUGUUGGCAGCUUUAGAUCCUAGAGCGCCGACUAAUUCUUUAUGCCUAAGAACAUUAGUGGAACAUACAGGACGUGUAUUUAGAUUACAAUUUGAUGAAUUCCAGAUAGUCAGUAGUUCACAUGACGACACUAUUCUUAUCUGGGACUUUUUAAACUCAGUACCCGAACCUAAACCCGCUAAAUCUAGUGAACCCAGAUCUCCUUCUCAGUUUUCUCUUGCUGCUUACGAGUGAAUCUGCAAAAAAACACAUUUACUAUGGUGUAUAGACAAAUUUCUAUUUAUUCGUGAUGUUCAAUAUGUUUUAAGGUGGGGCGAUGUUUACAAAAAAAUUAUAAUCGAGGUCUGUGAUGUCCUUGUAUAGACUUAACGUUUCGAGCUUUCGCAAAAUUAUUUCCCAACGUAUAUAUUUAAAUCCAAUGUAAAUGAUAUAUUCUUUUUUUGAAAAAAAAAAUAUGGUGAGAUUGUACAAGCUGCAAUCAGUUUUUCGACAAUUAUUAUUAGAUCGGCAUUUUCCGCUUAAUAUAGGUAAAAUUAUUGAAAGGAUUCUUAGGUAGGAUAAAUCUAGGAUAUAUAUAAUUGUAAAAUGAAUUUAAUUCUGAAAAACUUUCCUUUCAAUAAAAUAGAAGGUGCAAAUAUUAGUUUACUAUAAAAUAAAACGAAAUAGUUGUUGUAUUUAUUAUUUUAUUAAAAUACAAUAUUAUAAAUGAGGUCUGGUUAUAAAUAACGAAACCGCUUUUUAAAUUUAUAUCACAAUAGGUUAUUUUUGAGGAGAAGCUUCAUUGCUUGUAUUCUUUUUAAUAUUUGAACAUUAUUUAGUAGAAAAAAUACUACGACGUCUCAUCCCACUGGAAUAGUUAAGUUCCAGCUAGGGCUCUUCAAACUAAUUUAUGUUGACAAAUGACAGACUAAAAUUAGUUAAAGCUAGUGUGACUUCUUAGGUCCCGUCUUUGAAAAACACUUUACAACUUACAGUCAGCAUGCUUAGGGUCAUUUUGAAGCGAGAUAUGUUUACUGGUUUUUAAAUUACAGGUCUGUAAAGUUGUCAUAAAUGGACAGAAAACACUAAAGGUUAUGUGAUAUUUUACAGCGUUUUCAAUACCCUUUUGUUAUGGUAUAGAUUAAGAUAUGAAAAAUAAUUUAGAAUUAUGUUUUCUUUCAAAGAGUACGUAUUUAAAAUGAAAUCCAUUAACUGGUAUUAUCAAGCACGGAGAAAAAUAUUAAUUUGGGAUGGUAAAAAAAUUCUGAAGUAAAGUUCCUUUUUCAUUAAUUCAAGUUACCAUAGAGGCCUAAAAGAAUAAGCUUUUUGAGGAUUUAUUUUUUUACACCAACACUCACAGUGUAUGCUUACUGCCAAAUGAUAGGAUCAGUUAAUCAAAAUCCAGUUUAACAGAAGAUAUAUUUGGCUGCGCAACAGAACCGCCAGAUUGUACUUUAGGAUUAUCAAUCACUGUCUGGUUAAACUCUACAAAUGCUGUUUUUGCUAGUAAUUUUCCUCUUUAUAUGAUCAUCAUCUGCAAUGGAACUGCCCAAUUAAAUUUUGCAUUACUGUUAUAGUAUGAUUAGUAAAAAAGGACUAACCCACCUCCACCAAUUCAGAAAUUAUUUUGAUUUCGUGCUUUGGUAUAAAUAUAAUUACAUAAAUGACAGCUUUACAGCUCUGUAUUUCAGAAACCAGUUGACAUAUCUCGGUAAAUUUUCAAAUUUUUACCAAGUCUGUACCAAAUUUCAAAAAAUCUGAAAUUAUUUGGAUGAAAAUGGUUUUUUUUGGUAUUGAUUUCACAUGGAAUGACCCUAUAUUAAUUCUAUUUUCAGUUAUGCAAUGCUACAUUUGUCUACUUAGCUUUCUGCAUAUGCGGUUUCGUUAUUUAAUACCUACAGGUUGAUUAAAAAUGAAUUUUAAUUAUAACAUUUCACUUUAAUGCUUCGUUUUUGUAUUAUAUUUUAAGAAUAAUGAUUGCUUUUUGUAUACCCGCGACCAAUUUUCAAGAUUUUAUGAAAAUAUAUUUUGAUGUUAGUAUAUUAUCUAAUAUACAUUUUUAAUAUAUGAAUAAGGUGACUUAUGUUAUAAAAAAAGAAUUAAGUUAAGAUAAAUUGAUGGUAUAUGAAACGAAUAAUGAUGUUCUAGAAGUAUUAUGUAUAGAAUGCAUCUUAUAAAAUGUGUUAAAUUGUUUGUAUACUAAUAUUAAAGGGUAAAAGUAGGGUUUUAUUAAAAGAUAUAUUGUUUAUGUAAGAUCUUAAACAAAGUCCGAAAUGUGGAUUCAUACCGGAUACCGUUGAUUAUUGCUAUUUCUUGUUUUAAUUUUACAGUGGUAUGAAUUUAUACAUAAAUAUGGAUUUUUUAGUACAAUUACGGUCUGAAUAAGUUGAGAAAUUAGACUAAAAACGAUAUAUCGAGUUUUAGCAAACUUAUUUCUAAUUAAAUAGUUUGCAAAUUGAUUUAGUCAUGUUAGAAACAAACUACCAAAUCUUCAUUUUGUUUCCAUUCUGUAUUUAUCUCGAAUAUUGAUCUCUUAAUAUCGAUUUCUUUUAAUAUACGGUAUUGGAAAAAAAUUAAUAUCAAUGUAAAUCUUUAAAUUUAAUUACAAUUCAUAAUAAAUUAUAUUCCCAUUAGUUUAGUCAUCAUUAGAAUUAAUCAGUAUCAAAACAAGAGUGGAGAGGUAUAUUUUAGGUUAGGUUGUACUUAAAAAAUGCCAAAUGUAUCCAAUUAAUAUCACAAAGCAUCUCAUAUCAAAAAUAGUGAAUUUUCGGUAAAUCAAAAAAAAAAAAAACAGCUGGUCCAUAAUUUAACAUCUUUUUUUUUUAUUUUUAAUGUGAUAUUUAAAAACCGUUAGAGAGAUGUAUUUCUUUUUCAAAUGAAUGAUUAAACGAUGUGAUUUUUGGAAGGUCUGGUAAACCAGUUCCCUAUUUUAUAAAAUCAAAAGUCUAUCAAUAAAGUUUUUAACUUUUACUUGGUUUACAUGUUUAUGAGAAUAAUUCAAUUCAACUUAAUAAAAUCAGAAAUGUUGAAUUUCAUAUGUCCAACUCAACUUUGGCCAAGAAUAGACGGUCAGAGUAUUGGGAUUUUAGUUUUCACAUUCUUACUGGUCCUUUGCGACUUCAUUCAUUUAUCGUAUUAUUUUUCCCUUUUUUCCAUCUUCCUGUGAUAAUUGUUCUAGCCAAGUUUGCUUAAAUCUUUCUUUCCUUCUUAUGUCUCUUUGCUUCUGUUAUUUUGUUACAUUCCCUUUUUUGGUUUACUACCUUUCGGAUUUUUUGAUAUCUACUUCAAUUCUCAGGUCUCAGUCUAUUAUCUCUAUCCAUUUGUUUACUUUUUUUUCCUCCCAUUUUCUUACCUUUUGGAUUUUUUCUUUUAUCCAUUUUAUCAAAUGUAUCUGCUACUAUUACUAUUUAGUGUGUAUUUACUAAUCCGUCUAUAUUUAUCGGUUCAAGGUUUUUGUAGCCAAUUACUGUCUCCAGUUUAUAGUUCUUCUCUUAUUUGAUCAUCCUAUCCCUGAUAAACAGAAGCGCAAAAGCAAAUGAAUAAGCAACUGUACUCAGGUAAAGUGGAAUUGGAAAAUAACACUAGUAGAUUUGAAGAUUUCACAUUGAUAUUCCCGUAUCCAAAAAAAUUCCAAUACAGUGUAGGAAUAAACAUAUAUAUGUUACAUAAAAAUGUAAUCAAAUUUUGUAAAUUUGAUUAUCACUGAGAUAUUUUAAAUUGGGCGAUAAAAUAUGAAAUAAAUCCCAAUUAAAAUAUCUAGCAUUAUAGAAUAUUAUAAAUGUAUGUAAAGUUGAUUUAGAAUUUUUUAUUAAUUGUUUAAUAGAUAUAUCUACGUCUCAGAGACAAUAUUUUGAAUGUUACUUGUAUAUGUCUCACGUUUCUUUGGCAGUUUUCCCGGUGGAAUGGAGGGAUUAGUGUACAAAAUCUUUUUUAACAGAUUUAAAUGUUUAAUUAUAACUGCCUCUUAUAAUUUCUCUAAAUAUUUCAAACAAUUAAAUACCGAAGCAUUUUUUUUGUAAUAUUUAUCCUAAUACUUUAAAUAAAAAAAUAUAUCAUUUACAAUAUAUAUCAUUAUUUUCGUAUGAUUUAUUUGAUCGUCGUAUUUUGUAUCCCAUCUGUUAUAUAAAUAUUAUAAGCUUAUGUAUAUUUGAAAUAAUUUAUUUUUGACAGAUUAAAUUUUUUUUAUUUGUC